CCACAUUGGUUACUUUAUGUGAAUAAUCUCUACUCCAACAAUUAGCCGAACCUUAAAUCCAUGUUUUUGCUAUGAAAUAAAGCGAAGUAGCAAAUCAAAGCGAAAAUCUCGAUCCACUCUCUAUCUCUAGUUUCUCUUUCUCAUUUUCAAUCUCAAAGCUCAGAAUCUGUUGAAGUAAAAGAUUGAUUUCUUUUUUCUUGUUCUGUCUCCCAAUUAUUCCUCAUUGAGUAAGCAUUUAUAUUUCCAUAUCACUUUCUUCAUUUCCUUUUCUGGGCCAUUUUUGUUUCAAAGUAAGCUUAUCUACCUCUCCCUUUUAAACUCUCGUGUAUUUCAAGUAUCUGGAAACUUAGACUCUAAGUAUAUUAUUUUCUGCUUCUUCAUUAUCGGUUUUCUGGGAUUGACUGGUCAUUAGAUCUGGGGGCAGUUUAGGAGCAAAAAGCUGCUUUUUAUUUACUGCAUGCUAAAUAUAACUGUUAAAUUUUUUUUUCUAUGAAUUUUUGUACCGGUUACUGUUCCAUGCUGUAUUUUUGCCUGUAAAUACCUUUCCCCAUUUGCAUUUUCGUGUGUUAUUUCUCAGUUGAUUAACCGACUUUGAGCUUCUUUGACCAAACUUUACUUGAAUAUCCAUUACCUUUUCUGGCUGUUUCAUAUCUACAUACGGAAUUUGGGUUUUUUAUUUUUCGUAUUGAUAGUUCUUUAACUACCUCAUGUUAAGUAAUGAUCUUUUUGCUAGGAAGCUGCGUUUUCUUCUGAAGAAAACUUGUUCUCAGAUUAAAUGUUUUUCAUACACUUAAGAAGGCAGUUUUGGUUCUCUUUCCGUACCUCCCUGCUUCGUUUUGGUCCUAUUUCUUAGUAACAUUGAUGGGUUUUUGCUUUAUUCUUUCUUGGGUUCUUUAGUUAAACCUAGAGGCCGGAUUUUAUUACACAAAAUGAGAAAGCUAUGUAGGAAACUGGUGUUGAUGAGAAACCCAUUGACAAGUGUGAGGAAAAAUGUCAAUUCGCAUUCGGGAAGGGUGUUUAGUGAUAGAAAAUGGAUUAUCCCAUUUCUUGCAAGCUUACUUGUAUCGAUCACUUUGCUUUUCUAUGCCAUUUUUGGGUUGUUCAAUGCUCCUUAUGGUGGAGAUCAGUUGCCAUUUGACAUUAUUUCCUUUGCGAGAGCAGAGGACUCCAGUGGGUAUUUUGUAGAAUCAGAUUUGAAGAAAUUCUUUAACACAAGUGGCUCUUCAAAUGUGGAAGCACCUAGACUAGCAUAUCUUAUUUCGGGGACCAAGGGAGAUAGUCAUAGGAUGAUGAGGACCUUGCAGGCAGUGUAUCAUCCUAGAAAUCAGUAUGUUUUACAUUUGGAUCUUGAGGCUCCUCCACGUGAAAGGUUGGAAUUGACAAAUAUGGUGAAGAGUGAUCCAACUUUUCUUGAAGUGGAGAAUGUUCGUGUAAUGGCACAAUCCAACUUGGUAACGUACAAAGGUCCUACGAUGAUUGCUUCUACCCUUCAAGCAAUUGCAAUACUGUUGAAGGAGAGCUUGGAGUGGAAUUGGUUUAUAAAUCUAAGUGCCUCAGAUUAUCCCCUUUUGACUCAAGAUGAUUUGCUGCAUGUUUUCUCCAAUUUGUCAAGAAAUCUCAAUUUCAUUGAACAUAUGCAGAUUACUGGUUGGAAGCUGAGCCAUAGGGCAAAACCAAUCAUUGUUGAUCCUGGCCUUUACUUGUCCAAAAAGUCUGACAUUGCUUGGACCACACAACGUCGAUCACUGCCCACAUCUUUCAAGCUGUAUACAGGUUCCGCAUGGGUAGCACUUACUAGAACCUUUGUUGAGUAUUGUAUAUGGGGGUGGGAUAACCUCCCACGAACCAUCCUUAUGUAUUAUACAAAUUUCAUUUCCUCUCCUGAAGGCUAUUUCCAUACUGUUAUUUGCAACACUGACGAAUUUCGUAGCACAGCAAUAAGCCAUGAUCUCCACUAUAUUGCUUGGGACACUCCUCCAAAGCAACAUCCUCUCUCCUUGUCAAUAAAAGACUUUGACAAUAUGGUAAAAAGCAAUGCGCCCUUUGCUCGGAAGUUCCAUAAGAAUGAUGCAGUCUUGGAUAAAAUUGAUAAGGAGCUUCUGGGCCGCACUGGCCGUUUUGCACCUGGAGCAUGGUGUAUUGGGAAUUCGGACGGUGGAGCUGACCCAUGUUCUGUACGCGGUGAUGAUUCUGUAUUUAGGCCAGGCCCUGGUGCUGAGAGGUUGCAAGGACUCCUAAAGACGCUACUAUCUGAAGAAUUUCGGAAAAAGCAGUGUUCAUGAUAGUGGCAUAGAGCUGGAUAACUGCUAGUGUAAAUGGCUGGAUUCAUACUUCUUUUUAUUUUUGGGUAAAUGGUAUUUCAUUAAUCCAAAGAAGCAGGAGGCCUGCUGCCAGUUAACAAUCAAAGAAUGAACUUUUGCACUUAUACGACCCUCCAAUUUUUACAUACAGAAUUAUUAGAGAGAUCAUUUGUAUUUUUUACAAAUUUUAAAAAGGAUCAUUCGUAUUUUUUACAAUUUUUAA